AUGAAUCUGGGCAAACUAUUAUUACUAACCCUAUGUUUUUUGCAGGUGGCACAGAUUUAUCAGAGCAUUGAGUUUUCUCGUUUGACUUCUCUGGUUCCUUUUGUUGAUGCUUUCCAACUGGAACGGGCCAUAGUCGAUGCAGCCAGGCACUGUGACCUGCAGGUUCGUAUUGACCACACUUCUCGGACCCUGAGUUUUGGCUCCGAUUUGAAUUAUGCUACACGAGAAGAUGCUCCAAUUGGUCCUCAUUUGCAAAGCAUGCCUUCAGAACAGAUAAGAAAUCAGCUGACAGCCAUGUCCUCAGUACUUGCAAAAGCACUUGAAGUCAUUAAGCCAGCGCAUAUUCUGCAAGAGAAAGAAGAACAGCAUCAGUUGGCUGUUACUGCAUACCUUAAAAAUUCACGAAAAGAGCAUCAACGUAUCUUGGCUCGCCGUCAGACAAUUGAGGAAAGGAAAGAGCGGCUUGAGAGUCUGAAUAUUCAACGUGAGAAAGAAGAAUUGGAACAGAGGGAAGCAGAACUCCAGAAAGUACGGAAAGCUGAAGAAGAGAGGCUGCGCCAGGAGGCAAAGGAGAGAGAGAAGGAGCGUAUCUUGCAGGAACAUGAACAAAUCAAAAAGAAAACAGUUCGUGAGCGUUUGGAGCAGAUCAAGAAAACGGAACUGGGUGCCAAAGCCUUCAAAGAUAUUGACAUUGAAGACCUUGAAGAAUUGGAUCCAGAUUUUAUCAUGGCUAAACAGGUUGAACAACUGGAGAAGGAAAAGAAGGAACUUCAAGAACGCCUAAAGAAUCAAGAAAAGAAGAUUGACUAUUUUGAAAGAGCUAAACGUCUGGAAGAAAUUCCAUUGAUAAAGAGUGCUUAUGAGGAACAGAGAAUUAAAGACAUGGAUCUGUGGGAACAACAAGAAGAAGAAAGAAUUACUACUAUGCAGCUAGAACGUGAAAAAGCUCUUGAACAUAAGAAUCGUAUGUCACGAAUGCUGGAAGACAGAGAUUUAUUUGUAAUGCGACUCAAAGCUGCACGGCAGUCUGUUUAUGAGGACUCUCGUUGGGGAGAUAGAGAUUCGGAAGGCACAUGGAGAAAAGCACCUGAAGCAGAUUCCGAGUGGAGAAGGGGCCCACCAGAGAAGGAUGAAGGUGGCUGGAGAAGAGGGCCAGCUGAGGAGUCUUCGAGCUGGAGAGAUUCGAGUCGCCGUGAUGAUAGGGAUAGGGAUGACCGCCGUCGUGAGAGAGAUGAUCGACGUGAUCUAAGAGAAAGGCGUGAUCUAAGAGAUGACAGAGACCGGCGAGGACCUCUUCUCAGAUCAGAACGUGAUGAAGUAAGUUCUUGGAGACGUGCUGAUGACAGGAAAGAUGACCGAGCAGAAGAGCGGGAUCCUCCUCGUCGUGUUCCUGCCCCAGCUCUUUCAAGAGAUCGAGAAAGAGACCGAGACCGGGAAAGAGAAGGUGAAAAAGAGAAGGCCUCGUGGAGAGCUGAGAAAGAUAAGGAGUCUCUUCGUCGUACUAAAAAUGAGACUGAUGAAGAUGGAUGGACCACUGUACGACGUUAAGUCUCAAGAAGAUGAGUUCAGACUCGUGUCUCACAUAGUUUUGAUCACAUUCAAGGAUUAUUAUACUUGUGCUUCAACCAAUCUAAAUUGGAUUCUUAAAUGUUGUUUCACCAUAACACAAAGAGCAUGAACUUGUAUUAAUGCUAUAUAAUAGGUUGAUCAUGCACUGUAUCCACAGAAAGUUGGAAAAUUAUGCCAUUUUCUGGAAUUUAAGGUGUUGCAUUAUUUCAUCAAUUAUUUGUUUACAAAAAAGAAAAACUAAAAAAUAAAUUUAAAAUGUGAACCCUUCAAGUAUUGAGUAACACCUGUAUCUCAGUAUAGAACUGAUCUUUUUUCCUUUUGAUUUUGAAAUAUCUGAUAUUAAGUUGGAUUGCCGUAAGGUUCUGUUAAAGAAAAUGUUUAAGAACACCGUUUAAAGCAGUGGAUCUGAAAGUUUUCACACCAUUAGCAGUUGAAACAUACCUCUUUGGAUAUUUUGAGGUAUUUACUAUUAACUAAGUUUAGAAAGUUUUUAGAAUCACUAUAAGUGCAGUAAACAUUACAAGCAUUGGAUACUACAGUGGAAUUUUCUGUAGAUUUUACUUGAGAGAAGAGUAUAAAGUAAUUUGCAGUUGUAACUGUAACGACAAGAAUACUGUUCAAGUGUGAAUCCAAAACAGUACAGCUUUUAAAUUUUAAAGCAUUUGGUAAACUAUUGCUGAGUUUUUUCUGUUGCCAUUAGCAAACUGCUUUUCCAUUAAUGGAGAAUUCAUGCCUUUCAAGCAUUUUAAAUAUGACAAUAUUUAUAAAUGUAUGAUUUGGAGGGAUUGUUUAAAUUCUUUUUCCUAAUUUUCUUUCUCUUCAGGAUAGAUUCUUUUCAACAAGUAAUUUGUAGUAAUGACUGUGUUGACUUCAAUUUUGGAGUGUAGUAGCUAUGUUAAAGAUUAACUAUUGGUUUUAUUGAAGCCAACACAGAACUUGCUGCUGUGUUUUUUCCUCGGUGAUAAAUAAAAUACUUACAGAAUUUG